CCCAUUCAGCCCCCGCAAGCUGGAAGGAAGGAUGGAGAGCGUGAAGGGGGGCCGGUGGGGUGGGUGGACACCAGGUUCUUUCUUUGCCCCUCUUUUUCAUCUCCUCUCUCUGUCUCUGUGGCAGUGCAGGUGUCCCUUUCUGGCCUGUCCCUCGCUCCUUCUUUCUGUUUCUGUUUCUUUUCAUGGACGCACACACAGACAUGUAUAUACACACACACUCACACACAAAACACACACAGCGGACAAACACCCAGCUCUAAUCCAUCACAGGCUGGCUUUUAUAGGUUAGAUUGUAGAAAAACACACAGCCCCCCACACACACACCCACAUAAUACAUGCAGGUUGUGUUCUGUUGCUCUGCAGGUGCCUGGCAUGGUGAUUGCUCUUUUAAUGCAGUUCCUGUCUUUGCUCAUGUGUGUGUGUGUGGGUGUGUGUGUGUGUGUGUGUGUGCCAUAAUACCAUUCACCAGUCCAACAGCACUGGUUGCUCUAAGCACUUGCUAUAACGUCCUCGCAUUUGCAUCCUUCAUUUCAAAAACACUUCCUUCAUUUCCUUGUUUUGAACAUGGCAUCGUUCACUCUUUCUCUCUCUCCCUCUUUUCUCUGUAACUUCCCUUGAGGGGCAGGAUCACAGACAGAAUGUCAAAAUAGAGGAUGCGACUGUUUUGUGCUCUGUUUUUAGUUUUUUUUUUUUUGCCUUCAGAGGACAGGGGGAGAAGAGAGAGAGUUAAUUGCAGCAUUAGCUCAUUACCUGUGUCUUCUUUUCCUCAUUUGCUCCCUAUGCUCUGAGAGUGUGGUCCAGCCAGAUCCAGACUGCAUGACAGAGACUAGAACAGAUCUGUCAUCCUAGGACUAAAGUAUCAGCAAAAGGAUAUCAUCUAGAGGAUUCAGAAGAUCUUAUUUUAUUUGCCUUAUAUUCCUGCGGUAACUGGCAGCUACUCAGUGGAUGAGAAAUGGACUUCAGAAACUGCUUCACUGGAGGGUAAGUUCUGGAACCGUCACUGGAUUAAUCCAAGUGGAAGUGUUUAAUCAAGGAUCAAGAGUGAUUGCUCUCCUGGAAGGACUUAGACACUCCUGGAUCUCUUCUUGUGAUCUAGCUGUGGAUAGGACUUUUGUGAGCAGAUCUUCGGUCUGUGGUGCAAGGGUAGUUUUUAGGAGGGGACUUUGAGACCUCAGAAGCAUGCAGCCUGUGUCUAGUCUAAGGGGCAACGGACAGGGAGAGGGCACUUUUCACGAGCUCUUGCCCAGAUCAGGAAUGGUUGCUGGGGGUACAGGAUCAGGAGGAUCAGGUUCUUUUUCUGGGGGCCUUCAGGGUCCUCAGAGACACCCGAAAUUUCCUCGAGAGCUCAGCCUGGAGGAGCAACAGGAGCUCAGACGGAAAAUCAACAGCCGUGAGAGAAAGAGAAUGCAAGACCUAAAUCUGGCCAUGGAUGCUUUGCGGGAGGUGAUGGUACCGUACGCUUCCUCCCCAACCUCAUCCUUGGGUGCAGGAGGAGGGCUGCAACAUCCUUAUCUACCCCUUGGAGCUUCUCCGAAUGGCCGUCGUCUUUCCAAGAUCUCCACGCUGGUCUUGGCCCGCAACUACAUCCUGCUCCUUGGCUCCUCCCUCCAGGAGAUGAGGCGGCUGCUAGGUGAGGUCAGUAUCGGCGGGACUGUACCACACCUGCUCCUGACAGGAGGGUGGCCAUUUCUCACUGGGCCAGGACAGCUCUUGCUCAGUUCACCAGAACAGCCACUUGGACUGGCCCCGUGUUCUUCACUGCCACUGAAUGGUGCCCCAGUCCCGGAGGAGUCCACAGCAUGGGGUUCACGUGGGGUCGCAGGAACACCACUAUGCCCCUGUCGAGUGUGUCGGGUACCCAGAGUAGUACAUGAAACUCCUACAUCUCGCUUCCAGAAAUGAGCAUCAAAAACUUAUGUGUGAAUGACAAUAUUUGCU